UCAAGUUAGGUUAAAGUGACAAGAUUCGAUUGAGCAGGAACAGCUGUAUGACAGAUGACAUCUAGCUAGCGUGUUAAGUAAAUAGCAGUUCAUAAUAGUUCAUAUUCUUUUCCAUUUUAACUCUUCUUACUAUUACCUCUGGACAUUCUAAGGCACAUGAGAAUAUGUAGAGACGAGUUAUCUGGUAUUUUAAAAGGAAAUGAGGAAAGGCAAGAAACACCAACAUAACACUGGAUCUCAAGCGACUGGAAAUGGAAACGUGAAGAGACAAGGGGAGCCGGAGUCCAGGAAGAAGCAGAAACUGGUUGAGAUCCACCAGGCCCUGAACAGUGACCCUGUGGACAUUGAGACCCUGCGGACAGCGGCCAUUAGCGAGGGAGGGCUGCUGACCAAUGAUAUCAGGAGGAAAGUGUGGCCGAAGCUGCUCAGCGUCAACGUGUACGACCUGCCGGCCAAACCCUCUAAAGAUGCCAGAGAAGGCCACAAGGAUUACAACCAGGUGCUGCUGGACGUCCGGAGGUCGAUGCGGCGCUUUCCUAAAGGGAUGCGCACAGACCAGAGGGAGGUCCUCCAGGAGCAGCUGACUGACAUCAUCCUGGACGUCCUGCGGAGGAACCCGCAGCUGCACUACUACCAGGGCUACCACGACAUCGUGGUGACCUUCCUGCUGGUGGUGGGCGAGCGGAUGGCCAUUGCCAUGGUGGAGACCCUGUCCAAUCACCACCUCCGGGACUUCAUGGACCCCACCAUGGACAGCACCAAACACAUCCUGAAUUACCUGAUGCCCAUUCUGGAGGAGGUAGACCCUGAGCUGCACUGCUUCAUGCUGAGGGCGGAGGUGGGAACCAUUUUCGCGCUGAGCUGGCUGAUUACGUGGUACGGUCACGUCCUCUCCGAGUUCCGGCACGUUCUCCGGCUCUACGACUUCUUCCUGGCCUCCCACCCUCUCAUGGCCAUCUACUUCGCCGCAGUGAUCGUCCUGCACAGGGAGGAGGAGGUGAAGACGUGCGAGUGCGACAUGGCCAGCGUGCACCACCUCCUGUCCCAGAUCCCCCAGAACCUUCCGUACGAGGACCUGAUCGUCCGGGCGCAGAAGCUCUUCCUCCGCUACCCGCCCGCCCUGCUGGCCAAGAGGGCCGCCCUGCAGUCGCGCAAGAGCAUCGCUAUCAGCUCGUUCAAAGACUUCCAGCUGGCCACCCUGCAGCAGCGGCCGGACGCCGUCCUGAGACGCCAGCUCCACCGCGGGCCCGCCGCCUCCCCGCCCGGCCUCCCGGGGGAAGCCCCGCCCACGGCCGCCAGCCAGCUGGUCAAGGUGGCCGUGUGGGGCAUCUCGGCCACGCUGGGGGCGGCGGCGCUGGCCGUGGCCCAGACCGCCACGGAGUGGGCCCCUGACUUCCUCUUCCAGAUGUUCUAAACCCCGCCCCCUCUCUCCGCAUGCCCCGCCCCCUGUCGAGAAAAGGCGGGGCAGGGUGUGGUGUGGGCGGGGCAGCGAAGAAGCAUGUGCCAAAUGGGAUGCGUUGAUGUUCGAACCCUAACCCCUAACCCCCAACCCUAACCCACCUCUUCUAUAAGAGCCAGGCGGGCGUGGGGUGUUGGGGGAGAGAGGGUGUUCUCUGUACUCCAGUGCAGUCAGUUUUCAGAAACAUGAUUUAUUUAUUCUCGAAUUUCUAUAGAUUUUACUUGUGCUAAUAUUGGGGGAAAAAGGUGGGCGAUUAGUUUUUGUAAUCAUAAGCAUUUUGAAUUGCUGUCCCGUCAGCAAUAUGUCUGGGCAAAUCGUGCAAAUAGCAGAGGUAGGAAUUAUUAGAGUUCUUUUUUUUUUUCUGUCGAAAGUCAUGACGGCAAAACGGCAGGAGUAUAAUCUAGGGAAAUAAACAAGAAGGCAAUAAGGUUGUCUAAAAAUGUUCUACCAUAUUAAUUUCCCGCAGUUUAGAGAAGGGCAUUUCACUUCCACAGAAAAGCACUUUAGACCACAAGCGUUCCUCUGUAGCAAAGUGAGACGAAAUAUCAGCCGUCGCCCCAGAGGCCCGUGGCGGUCGCCUGCAGUGCGUGGGGGCUGAGGAAGCAGGCUCGUGCUACGAUGGCAGGGAUCCCCUGCCUUCCGGAACAUUCCGCGCCUCGAGCUCGCGGGGGCGGCAGGACUACGGCGGGGCUUGGGCGUGGUCAUCCGCGGUCCCGUGUCUCAAGGAAACUCGAAUGAUUAUUUUAACGCGAAUACGACCCCCCCCCGAAUAUCUUUCCAAGCCAGAUAAUCAGCAGUCUGAUAACUCUGGAUUAUUUCUGUUUAACUGUGUCCUAUGUAAUAUGUUCUGUGUUUGUGCUAUGAUCACAUGACCAUAUAGAUACUGUAACAUUUCCUCAUGCCUUAAAAAAAACCACUGAGUGAGUCCAUCUCACCUGUCACAAUAACUGCUGAAAAGAGAGGGUGCUGAAAAACAUGGUGUUUUACCACUGAUUGAAACCAAUGCAGAGCUGUAUUCUGUAUUCUGGUUAAAAGCCACUGGCCUUGGGUCAGGCCCGUGUAGUAGGUUGGGACCAGGCGAUGGUACUGCUGGUGUCCACUCUUGGGGAUGAGUUAUAUACUAUACCUUUAUAGCUUUGAUACCAAGACAUGGGCUCACUCAUUCAAUACAUUUGUUCAUCUGGUUUCAUUCAUUGAUUUAUUCAUUGAUUUAUUUGUUGAUUCAUUCAUUUAUUGAUUGACUCAUUCAUUUAGACAUUCAUUAAUCUAAUAGCUAAUUAACUUAUUUCAUUUGUCUAAAGAUCUGGUGGGUGGUCUGUCUGUACUUGCUUUUAAGAUUAGCAAUUUAAAAUGCUUGAAAAGGACUGUUACCAGUGACAUUGCUUGCUGAUAUUGCUUGAAGAUCACUGUUUAAAUUUAAAUUAUCUGCUGCAUUAUUCAAAAGGAAGUUAGGGUGUAUUCUUCAUUAUUAAGGUCAUACAUAUAGAACCUAACUGGUGGAAAUGUUCCUUUUUGUUUUUCUUUUCAAAAGGGUGCCAUUUGUGAUUAUGUCUGUGACAUGUCAUUUACUAAGAAUGUAAAAAAUCUCAUUGGAAGCUGUUUGUAUGAAUUAUUUAAGAACGAGAACACUAUUUAUGCCUAGAAGAGGUAAAAGUUUAUUGGCUUUUGUGUGCAUCAUUGGCAGACGAGCUUGUUUGUGUGAGGAACUUGAAAGCGAGGGAUAUUGGCCGAUUGGGCCAAGUUUAACUUGGUUUUUGUUGGCAUCCGGAUGAAGUGAAACGAGGCUGGAAUGGUUUGCGAUGUUCUCUUGAUGACAGCGGAAGUCUUCAGACUUCUCUGUUGUCCGAUGUUUGCCUUACAAGCGUUUCCGCGGAUAAUUUUUCUGAGACUCGCGGAGUUAACUGAGAUAUAAUGAGGUUUUAAUCAUUAAGAGUUGGCAGCGUCUGCCGUUAGGAGGCAAACGCGGCGUUUUACCUGCCUCCAUUGGAGCGUCUCCUCUGCCAAAGCCAUUCUGGCUCCUUUUAUACCCUUCCAACUCGAAGAGCACUAGAACACUGCCCUGUGCAAUUUUGCCUGGUCUCCCCCCCGUGCCAAGACCGAGAACAGACCAGAGUCUUCCCAGCAAAGUAGGUUGUCACCAUGGUCAUGGUCAAUUCCAUUUCAAUUCGGUCCAUUCAAUUCGUUCGCGGCGAGAGAAAAUUGAGUUCUUGGCUGGCCUGCCUGGUUGAGUAAAGGUAAAAUAAAUAAAAAAUUGAAAUUCAAUUCAUGAAUUGGAGAAAAAAAAAAAGUCCACGAUGUUCUAUAGGGAUUUGUCAAUAAUGAAUUGAAUUUCAAUUUGUGCCCUGAAUUGAUUGAAUUGUAGUGGAAUGGACCCCAGCCAUGGCCAUCAGAUUCAGUCUCAAAGGGAGCAGAAAGAGCGACAGAUGAACAGUGUUUCUUGCCAGCUUGCCCAAAGGGAAUUAGAAAACUGUUUUACCGUGUUUUCCUAUAUGUGAUAUUGACUGUGAUUGAAUGGCGUUUUUGCAUUUUCGUAUUAACAUGAGGAAAAUUUUGAUACACAGAAAUAUUUUCCCUAGUAUUCAGUUUUGUAAUGCGUUGUGUUUAUCGAGGGCACAACUCUGUUCCCUUGAUGGCGAAGGCGGAAUGUGUUUUGGCAUCUGCCUCCUGACCCAGAGGGACAUCGCGGGGACUGGAGAGUCACGGCCUGGCUGAGACCGCGGUCCCAGGAGGGGGGCCGCUGCGUGGGGGGGGGGGGUCUGUUUUUCACAGCAGUGGAGUGGCACUGCUCUGACCCAGAGCAGCUGGGUUUAGGUGCCACUGCUUGUCGGAGGGCAUGA